UCCAAUUUUUCUCACGCACCAAGUGCCAUGGAAACGACGUUAGCGUUCUCAACCCUAUAAAUGACACUGACCUUCUGAAUUCUUUCCCCUUUGCGACGGGACUUUUGAGAGACGCCUGAAGGUUUGCGCUUGUCAAGAAGUCUGCUUAGCAAAACUUGCUGAAGAAGCACUUGCUGAAGAGGCCGUUGGUUAACAAACUGCGAAAGACGGUUCCCGGCCAGGAGAAGCACCAACAGGGUGACCGGCUGGAAGCCCAUACCAUGGCGCUUCCAGAAGACGGAUCCCCAAUGUUGGAGGGACAUCCAGACUAUGGUAAGGAUCACGGUAAGGUGUGGUCAAAUGAAGUUGACAUGGUUUCUGAAGAUCAUGGAGAGGUGUUGAGGUGUAGUUCACCUCCACAGUUUGUGGACUGUGCUACCAGCUUCAGUGGUAGCGCUCAUACCAGCUCCAGUGAAGACUUGGUAGGUCAUGCCGGUACUACUAGCUCCAGUGGUAGCUCUACUACCAGCUCAAGUGAAGACGAGGCUGAUAAUGAAGACCAGGAUGACUUUAUAUCCCGACUUUGUUUUGUCAAGGUCCUUGUAGGAAAGCUUCAACAGUCAUUGAAACAUCUCAAUUCGACGAUUGAACAGCGGGGCUACGCUAACAGUAGUUCAACAGUGUACCAUGCCAGUGCUGUGUCACAGCUGCUUGAGAUUCUUCCCCCAAAUUUCAAGUACAUACAAGACAUUGGGGUAGCACAGAAGCCUCAAGAAGACCUGGCUCCCUGUACUUCCCUUGAAUUCACAUUUGGACUUGACAAACAAGAAGAGCCCCUUUUGCCUCCAGAGAACUCCAGACCUAUCGGUACCUCACAACAUCAUCAGGUAGGUUUGGAAGAGGACGGAGUUUCUUUGACUUCCAGCUGCACCCGGAGCACUACAAAGAUGGUGGAUGCUGCAGAGGAGGACAGCUCACCAUCAAAGCUUAGUUUUGGUACUGUGCUUCCUUCCAGCUUUAAAUUCACAUCUGAACUUGACAAACAAGAAGAGCCCAUUUUGCAUCCAGAGGACUCCAGUCCUAUUAGUGCCUCCUCACAACCUCUGGCAGGUUGGAAAAAUUUAGUGGCUUCUUUGACUUUUGGCCAUGCCAGGAAAACUACGAAGAAGGAGAUUGAUGUGAAGGAGGAUGACCCAACAUCAAAUCCUAGUCAUCAGGUAGGUUUGAAAGAGGAUGCGACUCAUGUGACAUUUGUGACUGGUAUAAACGGAAAGACAGUGGAUAGUGACGGUGAAGAGCAGUUCCCAGCCAAGAGGACUGGGGACACUGUUACUGACUCCAACAAGUGGACCAGGGAUUGUGAUGAUGAGUUCCCCUCAAAGCGGACCAGGGACACUGUUGCUGAAGAGGAGCCCCCAGCCAAGAGGAGUAAGGACACUCUUGCUGAAAAGGAGAUCUCCGCCAAGAAGACCAGGGACAGUAUUGGUGAAGAGGAGCUCCCCGCCAAGACGACCAAGUAUAGUGAUGAUCCCAGUUGGGAAGAGGUCCUUCAAAGAAUCGGCAAGAGGAUGGCAUGGAGAUGUGGUAAAGAAUGGGAGGACAAGCCCAUUCCGUCAACCCCUCUGUUCAUUCCUUACCGAAAGACAGACCAUGAAGAUCCCAUUUUGUUAUCCCCUGUUCUCAGUCCCUUACCAAGGACAUCGUGUGAGGAUCCUGUUUUGUCUUCCCCCGUCCUCAGUCCCUUACAAGAGACGAUCCAUGAGAAUCUUUAUCUCUCUUCCCCUGACUUCAGUCCCUCACAAUUGACGCACUGUGAGAAUCCCAUUCUGUCACCCCGGGUUUUCAGUCCUUCACCAUCAACACACUGGGAAAAUUCAACUUUGUUAUCUCCUGGCUUCUUUUUCUGGACUGAGCCUGAAGGGGACAUAGAAGAGGAGCCAACACCUUCAACUUCUGGUGGAAUUACAGCUAGAGUGAGUUCCGUGUGGUUUAGACCUCGCUAUGUUUUGUCAAGUGACUCUGAUUAGAUUGGGAUCCAUUAAAACUGAAGACCUAUGUGGGAAGUCACAUUAGGACGUCAUCAUUUCUCUCUUUAUCAGUCAAUGGGUUUCUAGCAAGCCUGUGGAAGCCUUAGGUAGUGCUGUGCACCGGAGUUUUCUUAAUCUUUGUGAUUUCCGCUCAAAUCCCCCAUGUUUCAGGGGGAAAUAGCGGCUCCUCCCCACGCGGUGCUCUCCAAUAUAGUAAGUUAUUCUAUCCUAUUCCUCCACUAAUCCGCUCUCCAAGUUUUUAAUCUUUCAGGUUUUAGCAGCUCAUCGUUGGAUCCUUUUGUCGUUGUCCAUGUGGUUCCUGUCCUUCUGGACCGCUUGUUUUUCAUACUGCUUGUUCAGACUUCUGAGAACUCAGAUUCUCUGAUCAUCCCAGGUUGGAUCUCCUCAGCCUGUAAUCCUCCACCUUCAACACCACCAGUCAGAUGGAGGAAGAUAAGAGAACCCAGUUGACAAAAAAAUUGACCAAUAAUUAAAGAAGAAGACCUGCUCCGCCUGCUGUUCUACUGGUUGUAACAUACUGGGAAAGGCUUCACUGAGACAAAACAACAGCAGUGGACCAAUCAGAAGAGAGAAGACACAGAGGAUUGAGGACUAAAAGGCAGACGAUCCAGUGGCCCCAGGUUUACACCUCAUCUAUUCAGAUUUAGAGGUGGUAUAAAAAGCAACGUGGAAACGGGUCAAACAAUGACGGCUGAGGAGCCGAUCACUUUCAAACUCACACUCACCCCUCCUCCCGUCUGACAGACACCAGACACUGAAACCUCCUCACCUCCAUCACUGUCAGGAACAUAAACACGCUGAAGUGACUGGCUGAAUUGUGUGCAGACACUCUGAGGCUACUCGGAGCAGGUGGAGUGUGUCGUUUUCCAGAAGAGUGAUCUGUGUGUGUGCAGGAACUACUGUGACUCUGCCCUGACGCUACGUCCACCCCUCAGCCUCCCCUGAGUGGACGCGCCCUACGUCUGCUGUGAUUGGCUGUUGAGGAGACCAGCCUUCACGCAGCGCCCUACGUUUGCUGUGAUUGGCUGUUGGGGAGACCAGCCUUCACGCAGCGCCGCUGGUUG